AUGCCCCGACGGUGGGGCCUUCCGAGGAAGGGCCCGGACCCCAAUAGGGACAUCACACCCCCACUUCAAGCGCACCUCUGUAUCGACCGAAUCACUCUAAGUGGUCUAGUCGAUGGAACCGGUGAACCACGCGAGCCGGCAGAUAAAGCAGCUAUAAAAGCUAUGCUUGUCAAUCGAGUAGGUGAUUUUGGAUUAGCUCCUGGGAUUUCGGGUCGAGCUAUGACGUCAUUCCUUGCGGCAACCACUGGAAUAUUACAGAACGAUCUAAAGAGGGUCAUGGCUAUUUGGCUAGAAUCUUAUUCCUUUCUAUCCCUUGAUGUGAAGAAAGGGGAAGGGAUCGUCAUGCAAGAACUAGAAGAGGCUCCUCUAAGAGGAGUGGAAACGUCUGAGAGAGCGCUUCGCGAAAGAAUCGUGUGGCGCGGUUUUAGGGUUCCAGUUGGGGUUUCCGGCCCCCUUGGUCUUCACCUAAUUGUGGAAGAGGGGAGGCAGCCCACAUACAUGAAGAGAGGGGGGGGUUCUUUGAUAUUAAGGUCUCAAGGCGGUCGAAGAAGGCCACAAAUGGAAGCAACCGAUGCUUUGGUCAUUCAGUUGACUCCUUGCUGCCAGUCCGUGCUUGCUGUCAUGCUGGCAAAAGCAGGGGUUUCGGCCGGUUUUACCUACUAUUGGAUUUGA